UUUCUCUGGGCUGAUUUUCGUCCCGCUCGACGGGCUGUUGUGUGUUCUGUUCUUCUCUUUCUCGUUCUCGAACCGCAGGCAGCAGCGCCCGCCACCACCUGUCGACCCCCCUGUCGACCUCGUCUUCGGCCUCGCCCCCGCAGCCCCCUUUCGGGAUGCACCUGUCGGCGGCCCUGAAACGCGAUUACCAUCCGCUGCACUACAUCGCCGCCGGCAAUGGUCACAACGGUCCGCCCGCCCAUGGCUACAAUCAGGGAUCCGGGAAUGCGCCGAACAGCGGCGGUGGAGCUGGAUCGGGAUCGGUCGGCGGAUCCGUGGGCGGAGCUGGAGGAGCGGGCGGAGCGGCCGGGCAUAAUUCACAUCACACCAUGUCGUACCACAACAUGUUCACGCCGUCCCGCGAUCCGGGCACCAUGUGGCGCUGCCGCUCCUGCGGCAAGGAAGUGACCAAUCGCUGGCACCACUUCCACUCCCACACCGCCCAGCGGUCCAUGUGCCCCUAUUGUCCGGCCACCUACAGCAGGAUCGAUACGCUGCGCUCCCAUCUGCGGGUCAAGCAUCCGGACCGCCUGCUCAAGCUCAACUCGUCCAUUUAAGGGCGUGGCCGGGGCGCACACCCAGCCCAACACCGCCAGCUUUAUCAGCAGCAGCAACAGCAACAGCAGCAGCAGCAACAACAGCAACAGCAACAUGAACAGCAGCAACAACAACAGCAACCAGCUUACUACAUCAGCAACUAUACAAACUACAGCAAUAGAUUUGGCUACGGCGAGAGUUUAUUGUAAUUCGCUGUAGGCCUAGGUGGAUUUUUUCUUGCAUUUAGUCGUCGUCUGUACAUUACCCACUAGCUAUCCAAGCAAUAACAAUAACCCAAAACUAGUAGAACCGAAGAUGCUAUGGCAAAACGCGUAUAAAAAAAAAGUAUAUUGAUAAUCUUAACUAUAACUAUUGGUAAACUUUGACACAGUCGUCCCAUCAAUUUAUAAAUGUGUAUAACUAAAGAAAAUUAGGAAAAGGUUUCAGUUGCUAACUAAGAAGGAGGAGGAUAUAUCUAUGCCCUAUAAAGCGGGCCAGCGAAAGCAUAAAGUUCGAUUUGAACAGUUUUCUAAAGCCACCACAAACCGUUUCGAAGGUUUCUAAAUGUUGUUUCCUAAAAACCUAAAAACAAAAAAAUUAAUAACUAAACUAAUGAUAGAGAGAGAGGAAGCCGAAGGAAAUCACUUUGGGCUGAUUCGGUCAGCGGAUCGAGGUCACCCCCGAGGACGCGGGGUCACCAGGAGAUGAGAAGGAGCAGCCACCACAGCAACAGCAACAGUCACCCACAACUACUACUCAUACGAAGGUCACAUUAGGUUCUAGUUUAUUUUACUGUUUACUGUUUAGAUCGUAGUGUUAACCAAUAUGUUCUGCAGAGUAGGCAACGGAUGAGGGCUACUCAACCAACUACAAAGAAAUUUUCAUAUACCUCAAAUGCAUUUCAGUUUUAUUGUUGAUUGCUUAAUUUUAAUCUAUGUAGACCGUUAGCACUUAAACAUAAACUACCACUUAUAUGUUAUUUUAAUCGGUUCCAACUCGAUAGCCAAUAGUUUACCAAUGUUUUCCUCUGUUUUUUUUAUGUCCUCUACCAUCCUUUUGAUUUUGUCCUAUGCGUUAAGUUAAAGUUUUUAGGAUUAGGUCGAACCACUUGAACCACCUCACUUUUUUGUUAAGCUUGUUUAUAUUUAUGGUCAAAUGUUUAUUUAGUUAAAGUACACAAACAUAUAUUAAAACCCGAAGAAAAGGAAGUUAGUUGAUAUGAGGGCUAUACAAGAAAAAAAUCAUAUCACGAAAAUUUACAAAAAAAAAAAACGAUUGAAUUAAUCUUUAGAAAUUAUAUUUUUAAAUUGCAUAAAUGUCUGCUUAAUUGGCGAGAAAUGGAACGAAAUUAUUGUAAUUUGUAAUCGGUUAUCUUGCUUUUUGGAUCACCAUAACCAAAACGUCCCCGCAGAGACGGCAAAAGUAAUUAAUUUUAAACAUUUUGUGAUAGACAAAAUUACGUUUCGGCACAAAAUAAAUUUUAAAAACCUCUAUAAUAAUGCAAACUAAAAUAUAAAAUUAAAUGUGAUAUUUUCGGCACAAAACUUUACAUAAAAGCUAAAUACAAAUUUAAAGUAAAAAAAAUAAUAAGCAAAAAAAAUGGUAAACUAUCGUGAAGGUGAAGCAACAUUUGGCUAAGGUUGCUCACCUUAGAAGAUUUUUGUUAUAGCAUUAUUCAAAAUUGUUAUGUUUCGGUCCAAAGCACAAAAUGUAUAAAAUUACUUUCUAGUUAUUCUUUAAACUUACUUUUACUUUAACUUUAAAAUCUUACUUGAUUUCCUAAUUUUAAGUUACGUGCAUGUGCGUGUGUAUAUAUCGAUUCAAAAAUAUUUACACACAGAGAUCAUAAUUUUAUUUAGUUUUACGUUGAUUGAGUUGAGAAACUUUAAGCCAAUAAACUACAGCAAAAUUGAAAACAACAAAACAAAAACAGCACAGAUGUUAAGGCAAACCACUACUACACAGAUUUAUGUACCAAAAAUGUAAUAAAUAUGAAAUUAUAUGAAAAAAAAAAACAAAAACAAAACCAAGCAGCGAGAAACCAAAAGAAAACUAACUAGAGAAAGGUAAAAGGAGACUAGCUGGAUUUUUUAACCUUUUUUCCAUACAUAAGCAUAAAUCGUAAACGAAAUAUUUUUAUACAUCCAUCUUGUAAUCGGCCGAUUGAAUCGAGAGGUAAUAAGGAUCUGGGCCUGAAGGGUUGCUCUGUGGAAUCAGUUUUGGGACUCGAAUCCCAAGUCAAAUAAUGCUCCACAUUCGUCACGCGCGCAAAUACAAAACAGCAGCAAAUUGUAACUUAUUUUUUGCUCUACACUUACAAACUCAAUUAAUCAAUAUGCAAAUACAAAUAUGGCAGUGCCCAAAUCAUGGCACAUGGCACAGCAAUGAAAAAUAUUAUUAACAGUUUUUCGUCGUCUACAAGUUUAAAUAAAUCCGUAAAUCCAUAAAGAUCUAUAUAUAUCAAGCAAACGAAAUAUAUAUAUUUCAAAUUUAUUCAAAUUAAAAUCAAAAUAUAAUUCACUAGCAGCAUUUAAAUGUCAAGCGAAACAGCAAAUAAAACCAAAUAAAAUUUAUGAUUAUUAUUAUUACAUA